AUGAACUACGCAUACACGAUAAUCCUCACAAUCACCCUGGUAACGCUCUUCUGCUGCUUCUUCGGAUGGUGCUUGAUGCGAAGUUGUCGGCGCGUCAUCGACGCCGAGAUGCACGAGUUGGCGUGUCAGCGGGAGAGUGCGAGCGGAGCGAGCAACAAAGCGAGCAGUAAAGUGGGCAGUAAAACGAACAGCAAAGUGGGCAGCAAGGCGAAUGGAAAGUAA